AUGGCAAAAUUAUCUAUAUUAAUUUUUAUCCUCGUAAUUAUUGCAUCAAUUCAUGCUAUCCCUUUGAGCUUUAACAAAUUAAAUAUUCGUGAUGCAGAUGAGAAAACCAUCACAAUAGAAAGUGAAGAAGAAUUCUGUGGCUUUCUUCCAAGAAAUGAACACCAAGGUAUUGGCGCUAGUGAAGAUGAUGCUGUCGCAUUCUGCACCAAAGAUACCUCCAAUGCACCUGGAGCCAGACUAUUUCCCGAUGGAUUCAUCCAAUCAGCGCACUUUGCAAGCGAAGAUGAUUACGUUCAAAUCACCGGUCGCAUUGACAAUAGUAUAUACGUUAACCCGAAUGAUGGAGGUGGUCAAUAUGACAAGAAUGCUCCUAGUGGUGCGGUAUGUCACGGAUUUAAACAUUUUGUGAAUCUUGUUGAGCCUGACUCUGGUCUCUAUUGUAUUCGUUGUUGCAAAAAUAAAAAGAAUUGUCCUCUUGGCAAAAGUACAGAAGGUUGUGAGGCG